GUCCAAAAGCACAUUUCCAAUCUUUUCCGCUGCGCAGUGCGCCUGCCACAGGACAACAGCAGUGAGUGCAGGAGACGCGCGCGAUGCCUUCCUCCUCCGUCGACCCGGACAACGGCGUCCCCACCGCCGCCGAAAUCGACGACGCCGAAGCUGUGCUGCCGUCGAGGCCCACCGGCGACGAGCGCCUCGUCUCCUCCCUGCGCACGCAGGCCGAGGUCGACAACCUCCGCGACCGGCACGGCAUACCGAGCGUGUACGCCGCGCGCCCCGCCGGCGACGACCGCCGCGCCUGCACGCCGCCGCCGCCGGGGUCCGUCUGCGUGUACGCGCACGCCCUGGAGGCCGGGAUGCGCGUCCCGCUGGACGGCUUCUCGUGCGAGGUGCUCGUCCACUUCGGCAUCGCGCCGGCCCAGCUCGUGCCCAACGCGUGGCGCGUCAUGGCCGGCUUCCUCGCGCUCUGCAACUCCGCCGGCGUGCCGCCGUCGCUCGCCGUGUUCCGGCGCUUCUUCCUGCUCUACAUCGUCAACAAGAAGCACAAAGGCCGGUACUGUUUCCGAGCCAGGGACAGCUCCGGCGCCGGCUUGCGCUUCACGGGGAUGCCAGGGACGCCCAUGGACUGGAAGAAAUUGUUUUUCUUCCUCUCCUCGCCGGAGCCGUGGCCUUGCCCCGUGGAGUGGGGCAAGCCGUCCAUGAGCUCCUUCACAAAUCCGGCCCUCACCAGCGAAGAAGGUAAAUCCGCGGCGAAGCUAUUGCGCGCUUACGGCGGCGCCGCCGUUGAUAUCAAGACAUGUCUGUGCGAUCGCAACCGUGCAAUCGCCAUGGUUACUGCCGCAUCUCCGCCGCCACCUCUGACGCCUUCUUCUUCUACCACUACUCGUGUCAAUUCCAGUUCCAAAGGUAUGGAUCCCUCCGUCUACGACAUGAUGAAGACUAUGCUCGCGGAGAAGGCGGCGUCGGCGAAGAAGGUGAAAGCCGAGGUGGGCAGCAACGCGCCAGCGCCGCCACCUUCUUGCGGGAGGAAGAGGGGUCUGGAUGAAGCCAACGGCGAGGACAGUUCAGCUCAUUCUUUGCUGAACACGCCGCUGUCCGGUAUGUGUUCGCCACCGCCGGGCUUCCCAAGGAAGCCACACCGCUUCCCCAGCAGGCACGACGGAGACGCCACGGGCUGGGAGGCUGCACGGGAGCGGCUGCAGGGCGCCAUCUCGCCGCCGCAGGAGCGCGCGUUCGCGGCGAAGGAGCCCUCCGACGUCGUCAGGUCAAGCUACGCCGCGAUUCUGCAGGCCGCGAACUACGCGUCGUUCUCCCUGGGCUACGCGCUGGAGCUGGAGAAGAAGCUGGCGGCGCGGGACGCGGAGGUCGCGGCGCUGCGGGGGCAGCUGGAGGCGGCGAAGGCGGAGCUCGCCGCUGUGCAGCACGCGGCAGGCGCGGGGCGGGAGACGGCAAAUGCGGAGCUCGCCGCCGAGGAGCAUGUCCUGGGGCCCGAGGAGCGCGUGCGGCGGCGCGCGGAGCACGCGCUGGAGGGGUACGAGCGCUGGCGAGAUGACUCGUCGGCACAUGUCACGGCCUCUGCUGCUCCGACUACCUCGACUGCAACCACCCAGCAGAUGAUCCACACCAAUGGCCGGCACAAGAGAGCAUGUGCAUCCACCAAGUAUGAUAAGAAGCAGUGGGUUCUUUAGCCAGGAUAAGUAUAGCCGGUGGAUGAACUCAACUAAAUGCUAAUUACUUUCUCUGUAAACUAAGAGGGUGCUUGGAUACGUUUUAGUCCCAUGAGUGAAAGUAGUGGAACUAAAACUUGCUACCUUUACCCAUGCUGGGAUACAAAUACUAAAUAGACUAAAAUGAGUUAAUGAGCAUUUAUUAUCCUCCAAACCCUCCAAUCCCGAACUCGCAUGUGUUAAAGGAGAGGAGUUAAAUGAGGAAAGAGAUGACUGAUCCACAUUUUAGUAAGGUUCUCCUGACUAAAA